CAUUAUGUGUUUAAAUGACUCAUUUUUAUAUGUUCGUGACCAAGCAAGUGUUUCUGCCCUAUUAGAUUGUGCAUGAUGUAGAAAAUCAAUUUGCCCUACACCAUUCGUUAAUCAUUACACUCACACUUGGGAAAAGUUAGACAGACUUUAUUUACCUUCCACUAAACCUGUAAUUACUUGGGUUUUUCCUCUUAAGAACAUAAUGAUUAACACCAUUAAAAAAAAUACUUUUUCCGUUGAAAGUUGCUCAUAUGAAAGAAAUGUGGAUUGAGAAAGGGGCAGUUGUGGAGUUGUGGUUAUUUAAAAAAAAAAUGAAUUGAAAUUAAAUAAAAAUUCAGGAUUCCGCAACAAAAUUGAUUUUUACUAUUUAUCUGUAGAAAUCAUUGGGGAGUAUAUCAAUUAAUAUUAGUAUUAUAUUCGUCUAAAAAAAUAUUAAUAUUUUAUUUAUCUGAAAGUUUGCAUCAUGUGAUGUGAAGACGACAAAUACAGAAGAGCAGUGAUAGGUGUACCACCAUAGGUGGCACUACACCUUAUACCACCCUUAUGUGGCACCACAAAUAAUAAUAAAAAAAUUAAAUCAAUUCCAUGUCAAAAAAGAAAAAUCAAAGAUGAAAAAACUAAUUAAAAUUUGUGCCGUAGCCUACUACCCUCUCUCAUUUCAAUUCAUUUUGUUGGAAAAUUUCUCUUUCUUCACCUGGUUCAUUCCGCCGCCACCAUUCAUUCAGCCACCACCAUUCAUUCCUUCAACCCUAGCCGCCGUCUCCUGAUCCAUCUUCCAUUCAACCCUAGCCGCGCCGCCGUCUUAUGCUCCAUCUUCCGUUACACCCUAGCCGCGCCGCCGUCUCCUGCUCCAUCUUCCAUUCAACCCUAGCGCGCGCCGCCGUCACCUGCUCCAUCUCCGACGAUCUGUUUCACAGUGUUCCUUUUUCAACUAAGUUACGUCUCAGGCAUGAAUGUAAGUCGAAGUAUAUUACUAAAGUCAACGAGAAGCUUACCGAACUUCAAAGGUCUGAAAUUCAGAAAACACCUUUUAAAUGGUUAUUGAGUUUGCCUAAGAAAUUAAAAAUAUCCGAAAAUUUGCUUGAAGAAUUGGUGGAAAGAUGGGAUGAUAGGAGUGGGGGGUUUGCUAUACAAGGUCGGAUAAUACGGUUUACACCUUUAGAUGUAUGUUUUGCAUUAGGACUUCGUAUAAUAGGUGAAAAGGUGAACUUCAAAAAUGACCCUACAUCCACUACGAAAGCAAUGUUCGAUAAUGAAGUCAUCAAUGUAAAAACAAUUUAUGCUAAAAUUAUUAAUAUGGAACGAGACGAAGAUGUUGAGAAGUUUUGCCGAUUUUAUUUACUUCUUGGUUUUGCCGAGUUCUACUUUCCAAAUUCAAGUGUUAAGGUUAGUGGUUGGUGCCUAAAAAUGUUAGACGACUUGAACUCCAUUGGGAGAUACAAUUGGGACUUGAACUCCAUUAGGUGCCUAAAAAUGUUUGCCGACUUUAUUUACUUCUUGAGUAUUGAUUUCAAGUUAUGUUGGGUUACAUAAAAAAUUGUGAAGUUUAACUUUAAUUUGAUGUUUAGUUUCUGUCUUCAUGUCAUAUUAUGACAUGAUUAUAAUUGAUCUUUUAUUCAUUGAUAUUUAGAGCUUGUUAGUAACUGUGACUGAAACAAGUGUAACUCAGAUUAAAAUGUAGUAAUAAUUUGUAAGCACUUUUAAAUACAGAUGAUUGUCGUUGAA